AUGGUUGAAGCCAGUCACUCAGAAGAUACUCAAAGAGCUCUUUCACUACUUAGAGAGAGUAACUAAGAUUAAAUCCUAGCUGAAUUUGAAAAGAGAACAGCUGAAGAAUAAUAAGCAUUUGUACAACAAGUACUCCACCUAGAUAAGGUGACUCCAGGAGGCCUGACUGAUUAUGUGUUGAGAGCACGCAGAUUCUUGGAUGACUCCAAGAAUAAUGUCAAUCCAUUCGACAAUUACAAGCCUGAAAUUCCACACGGAUUUGAUCUUAUUCCAGGCGAGCCACUAUUCGAAGAGAUGGAAGAAUUAGGUUUACAAGAGCUUUCAAAGGUUGGAUUCGUUCUUAUUGCUGGAGGUCUUGGAGAGAGAUUAGGAUAUUCAGGCAUUAAGAUUGAUCUUCCAGUCACGACUGUUGAAGAAGAUUACUUUUAUCUUAAGUUCUACGUACAAUAUGUUAAGGCUUGCAGAGAGAGAGCUGUAGCCUUGAUGGAUCCCAGUCAAGAUCUCAGUGAUUUCCAAGUUCCACUUUGCAUUAUGGUCUCUGAUGAUACUUAUGACAGAACUGUCAAACUACUUGAAAGUCACAACUACUUCGAUCUGGACAGAGCACAUCUAGAUAUCGUAAAGCAAGAAAACGUGCCAGCUCUUUUAGACAAUGAUGGAAAGAUUGCCCUAGUAGAUGGAUAAUUGAAAGCUAUAACUAAGCCUCAUGGACAUGGUGAUGUUCACACACUGCUUUAUCAAAAUCAAGUUGCUCAAAAAUGGUUGAAGCAAGGAAAAGAAUGGAUGGUCUUUAUUCAGGAUACCAAUGCACUCGCUCUCAAGACUAUCCCAUCAGUCCUAGGAGUCUCCAAGAAGAAUAAUUGGGAAAUGAAUUCAAUAGCAGUACCUAGAAAGCCAGGUGAAUCAAUCGGCGCUAUUUGCAGACUUAUUGAUCAAACUGAUAACACUAAAGAGGUAGUAAUCAAUGUUGAAUACAACUAACUCGACCCUCUACUCAAGGCAAAGUGGGAGAAAGGUGGUGAUGUUGCUAGUGAUAAAGGAUUUUCUUAUUUCCCAGGCAACACUAACACAUUGGUAUUCAAGUUAGCUGAGUAUGUUGAAAAUUUGGAAAAGACAAAGGGAGUGAUUCCGGAGUUUGUGAACCCUAAAUAUGCUGAUGAAGCAAGAACCACCUUCAAAGCUCCUACAAGACUUGAAUGCAUGAUGCAAGACUAUCCAAAGCUUUUGCAGAAUAAGGGUGCUGUUGGAUUUACAACCUAUGAGACUUGGUACUGCUUCUCCCCAGUCAAGAAUAAUAUUAAGGAUGGGGCUGUGCUAAGUGCUAAGAACAUGCCAUCCUUUGCAGCAUCUCAAGGCGAGCAUGAAUUCUUUUAAUGGACCAAUAAAAUGCUUGAAAAGGUAGGAGUAUAAAUAGAAUACAAUACUGAGGCUGAAGAUUAUAAUGGGAUCAAGCUUGCUUUCGGACCAAAGAUUCUGUUGGAUCCUACUUUUGCCUUAACAAUGAAUGAGUUAAAGUAAAAGUUCUAGGGUGUUAAUAGAAUCUCUAAGAAUUCAACUUUAAUCCUUUCAGGCAAAGAUGCAUAAGUUUAGGAUUUGACAUUAGACGGAUUCCUAAGAGUAGAAGGCUCAAAUAAGGCUACUGGAGAAGUUACUAACACAGAAAGAGUUGAGUUAGAACAUUCCACAGAAGCAGACUCAGAAGUCUACAGAAUCAGAGGAUUCAAGCCAAAGCACUUAACAAAUUGA